AUAAAAAGACUGAAAUUAUUUUUUUUUUACUGUUUUUGUAGGUACACUCCGCUCCGCUAGAGGGCGCUAUAUUAAUGAAAAGCUAUAGCCGUCGCACAGAAAUAACCGUAGAAGAAAGGAAGCGGCAGGAAAAGAAGAAGAAGUACUUUAAUAAAUGUUUUCUUCUGGACUUCUGCAUCGACUUUGCGUUUCUUCUGUGUGGAGGUUGUUCUCCACAGAGCGUCGUUGGCGGUCUGUGGCAGCAGGUCACCAAAUUCUACGUUUGUCCCACUCUGUCACAGGCUGCAGGAUGGCGAAUAAGAAGCUGCUGGUGGACGUGGACUGCGGCGUGGAUGAUGCUCAAGCCAUCAUGCUGGCGCUGGCGGCUCCAAACGUGCAGCUCCUGGGCAUCACUUGUGUUCACGGGAACACCUCAGUGGAGAACGUGUGUAAAAACUCACUGCGUGUUCUGCAGGCCUGCGACAGACUGGAGAUCCCAGUGUUCAAAGGCGCAGACAGACCUCUCCUGGGGGACAGCAUCGAUGCCGGACACUUCCAUGGAGAGGACGGUUUGGGAGACGCUCCGGACUCUAACGCUCCCACUCUGGAUCUGCUUCAGGAACAAGGAGCUGUUCCCGCCAUGAUCAGGAUAGUGAAUGAAAACCCAGGAGAGGUGUCUCUGGUUGCCACGGGUCCCCUGACUAACUUGGCUCUGGCUGUGAGGUUGGACCCGUCUCUGCCGAGCAAACUGCGAGGGCUCUACAUCAUGGGGGGCAACACGGAGUCUCGAGGAAACACCACAGUAUGCGGCGAGUUUAACUUCACAGCUGAUCCUGAAGCUGCAUACAUCGUCCUGAAAGAUUAUCAGUGUCCCACAUACUUGGCCUGCUGGGAGUUUACCUGCUACAACAAGCUAUCCUGGGACUUCUGUGAGACCUGGCUGGCUCAGGACAGCCACAAAGCUCGCUUCAUGGAGACCAUCUUCCGCCACAGCAUCCAGGCAUCCCAAACCGAACGCUUCGAGAAGGAGGUGGUGGCCGGCACAGGCUUCAUUUCCUGUGACUCCUACGCCAUGGCGGCCGCCGUGGAUGAUUCCUUCGUCAUUGAGAGCGACUGUUACCCCGUCAGCGUGGAGCUGACAGGAACUCACACCAGAGGCAUGAUGGUGGUGGACACGCUGGGCUUUCUGAAGAAGAGCCACACGGCUUUUAUCAUGAAGAAGGUGGACAUGGAGAAGUUCAAGCAGAUGAUGAUGGCUGCUCUGAAAUAACAGCUGAAGUUCAGGACGAUUGAUGUAACUCAGAAGAAAAUGUAGAUUUUACAUAAUUAAACUUGUCACUUUGGAUAAA